GCAAUCUGUACGUCAGUUCAUUUUGACAAGUAACGUGAGUCUAUGUGUCACGCAGUAUUGCAGUUUGCAUCGCUUUCGCUAAACAAUCUUGUAUUAAAUUUGCCUUCAAAUCAAUGGUGUGUUUAUAAAUCGUCAAUAUCAGCUAUCUUCGGACUGUCUGCCAGUAGUCGACGAAGUCCAACAUCGGCUCUGACCUCAAAUUAGUUCACAACGUGCGAUGCUCCCGAUCGGAGAGGUUUCAAAUAUGGACCUACUAGACAUCGGAGAGGCUUUACAAGAAUCUGAACAGGUACUAAGAGAAUGCUUCACAAAAUACCAAAUAGACGAGGUGUUCCUCUCAUUCAACGGUGGAAAAGACUGCACAGUGCUCUUAGAUUUAACUUUAAACGUUUUACGUGAUAUUUACAAAAGAGAUGACAUUGCCAGUGAAUUAAAAGUGGUGUAUAUUCGGACUAAUGGACCGUUCAGGGAAAUUGAGACCUUCGUGGAUGAGGUUAAGCAACAUUAUGAUGUGACACUGCUUGUGACGGAAGGUGAAAUGAAGAAUACGCUGCAAAGACUGUUGGAUCAGGACGAGAGACUGAAGGCUGUUCUCAUGGGGACGCGGCGGACAGACCCUUACAGCGAGAAUUUACAGUUUAUGCAGAAAACAGACCCCAACUGGCCACAGAUAGUUCGUGUCUCUCCUCUACUUAAUUGGAGCUACCAUCACAUAUGGAGUUACACCCUACAGCGACGAGUGCCAUACUGCAGCUUAUAUGAUAGAGGCUACACGUCAAUCGGCAGCAUACACAACACAUGGCCUAACCCCGCACUAGCGACAAAAGACGACUGCGGCUGCAUCACGUACUUACCAGCAUGGCACUUAACCGACGCUUCUCUAGAACGGGCGGGACGCGGCACUGCACCUAAGGUACCCGUCAAUGGACACGCAACAUAUAGCAAUGGUAUUGAAAACAACCAUAUAAACGGUAUAGACAGUAAUCACAAAAGUAGCGAUCAUAUACAUCCGUCAUGCGUAUAACAGGAUGUUAACGGUAAAUAGUUACUAAUUGUUUGUUUGUAGUAUUGAUGCAAAGUUCUGGAAAUGUGUAUGUGUGCGUAAUUGCGCGGCUAUAGUGCUUUCUAGAUAAUAAUUGGCCUCCUAGAAAAAUGGUAUGUUUGACCUGAAGUGAAUAGAAAAGUUUAUAUA